AUGGCAUGGAUCCCCCGAAUUAGAAAUGUUACAUGGCAAGAAAAUACAGAUUUAAAGAAGAGUCUAGUUACGUAUGUGGAGCAAAACUUAAAAUUGUGUGAAAUACUUGACUUCAUUGAAAGUGAAUAUCCUGACUAUGCAUGGAGUCAUCGUACGUUACAGAGAAGAAUGGCAUAUUUUAGUGUUAAGUAUGUGGACAGUAAUCUAGAUCUAGAACAUAUAGAAACAGCUGUUAAACAGGAAAUGUCUGGUCCAGGAAAACUUUUAGGUUAUCGUGCAAUGCACAAAAAGAUUCGUGAAAUACACCAUCUCAAUGCUCCACGGAACAUUGUAUACGAUAUGAUGGAAUAUAUUGAUCCUGAAGGUUUGAAAGGUUCAGAUUAUACCAUGUCUCUUGACGGGCACGACAAAAUUUGCGGCUAUCAAAAAAUUAGAGUUGACAAAGGAACAGAAACUGGUACACUAUGCACCAUGCAAGCCUAUUUGAAGCAUUUACAUACAAAUGAAGAGAGAGCAGCAGUGGACAGUGUUAUAUAUGGACCUUCAACGGAAAAUAAAAUAGAACGGUGGUGGAGAGAACUGCAUCAUAGAAUGGAAACUUUCUUUAAAGAUCGGUUAAGAAAGCUGUUGGAAAAUGGAGAUUAUGAUCCAACUAAUGUUAUUCAUAGGAAUAUAUUGGCUUUUGUAUAUGUACCAAUCAUGCAAAAAGAAUUGGAUAUCUUCAGAGAAAAUGUGUGGAAUACCCACCGUGGAAGAAAACAAAAAGAUAAAUGUCUUCCAGCAGGAGUACCUGAACACAUAUAUCACUUCCCGGAAAAGUAUGGUGGCAAACCCUGUGGAAUAACUUUGACAGAAGAACAGUUGGCUGAUGUUUGUGAUUUAUCAGGAGUUAUGGAAGUGAAAGAUUUUAUUGAUACAGAAUUUUAUUUGAAUUGUGAGAAUUACAUCAGAAUUGCGGAUAUUAAACCAGAUGAAGCAGAUAUAGCUUACUUGUAUUUGAAAUCAAAAUUUGACACUAUCUAA